AUGACGGAUACUACUAAGGAAGAUCGAGGGCUGACCGAAACAACUAACAACGGCAAAGCGCGUGCCGAUUCAUUAACCCCGAAAUCAGCACCUGGCGAGACCCCAACUGAAGACCAACUACCUGCCGAUGGACCACCCAAGGAAUCACCAUCUGCUGCGACGGAGGAGCCGGACCAUCCCAAAGGCGACGAGAUCCGCAGACAGGUCGAGUACUACUUCUCCGACGAAAAUCUCCCUACUGAUGGCCAUCUCCUCGAUCUAUGCGGCGGUAGCGCCAACAUCCCAGUUUCCAUCAGACACAUCAGUGGUUUCAAGAAGAUGCGUCAGUACAAGCCGUUCACCCUUGUCGUUGCAGCCUUGAAGAAGAGCGCCUUCCUGGACGUCACAGAAGAUAAGAAGGUGAAGCGCAAGAUUCCGUUCCGAGGCAAGACCAUCCUAGAAGAACUCAGCGAUAGUGAUUCGGACUACGAAGAUGUGGUUAAGACGCAGCUCAAGGAAGCAAGAGCGGAUUACAAGGUCGGAAAGGCAGCGGAAGCUCUCAAGCCCAAGAGAGAGACCAAUGCUGUCAUGACGAAGGGCAUGCUCAAGGCGACCGGAUUUGAAGAGUACUGGACCGACGCCCCUGUCACGCCUGCCGAGUUUGCGGAAGAGGAAAACAUGUACGACAGAGACGUCCCAUUCACCCAGCGCAUUCAGAUUGCUAUCCAACGCUACAAGCAGAAGCGGAAGUUCCACCAGGAGUACCUCAAUGCUUUCAACUCACUCAUGAAAUUUGGUGGCGUUGAAGCGGGCCAGAAGCAGUUCACUGGACGCAUGGAUGCGGAGUACCUCGAGGACAAAGAUGCCGCAGACAUCGCGCUCAUGCUGGCAACGCAUUUCGUGAACGGCGACAAAGAUGACGAAACGAUGUGGGCCGUAGACUUCACCGGUGUUGUGAAGGGCUAUUUCUCUUCAUACCAGCAGCCUCUUGAAUGGUCCGACCAGCGGCUCGCCAUACACGCCAAGGUCAUUCGCAACUUCUACAAUUACAUCCUGCAUCACAACGUCUGUCCUGAAUAUUAUGGCGAUGUCAUGGAGGCGCGCAACAUCUGUGACCAAGCCUUGCAAGAGAUUCCGAGGGUAAGGCAGGCCCUGGAGCAAUGUCCUGGCGACUUCAACAGAGCUUGCUCCCGGCUGUUCGGUGGUCGCGAGCACGAGCUGUCAGGGCAGAAUUACAGCAUCGACAGCUGGUACAUGCCUGGCUCCGAACCACUAUCGGAGCCUCACGCGCGCAUUGUCUUCACCGUAGGGUUGAGUGCAUACAAACAAGAACAUCAGCUCCCUGGCACCACCGGAAAGACCCUAGUCAAUCACCUCUCUUGCGUGCGGACGCAACGGGAUGUGGGCUUGGAGGUCAUCGGCGUCGAACUCGCCUCAGAAGAAGUCCUCUCUUUGUACCAACAGUUCAACUCAUCCGCCGCCGCCGGCCGAAAGCUCCAGCUCAAGCCCCUCGGCAAGCUGGACUGCCGCUCAUGGCAGCAACCCGACUUCGCCGAGCCGGACCUCCCACCGUCCAUAAUGAACCAGAAGCAUGAGAGCAAGCUGUACGAAUUCUACCUGGAGGAUGAGAUCCUGAAGCACUGCUUUCCGGGCAUGAAGAUUGUGGCCGACGUCAGAACACUGAGCAACGGCACCCGCUAUCUUGACUCUGUCAGGGAUAUGUUCUGCUCCUUCUAUACGCUGCUAGAGAAUGAGCUGGAAAUGGGCAGGCCGCCGUGGAGAGCGCCGGUGUGGUACAACCAGGAGCAGAUCGCCCAGAUGGAGGGGGAAAGUACGGGUGAGCUCUCGGAUUGA